AUGGCCAACCAACACCCCCUAACAACCUACCUCCUAACCUCUUGCCCCCACUCCCUCGAAGCAGCAACAAUAACCCCCUUCCUCCGCGCCGCCGGAUGCGGCCAACUCCCCGCCCCCGCCCUAUCGCAAUGGCUCUCCCAAGACCGCCUCUACGCGCAGUCCUAUAUCCGCUUCGCGGGCCAGUUACUCUCCAAGAUCCGCCUGCCCUCGCAUAAUCCCAACUCGGCAGUCCCCAAGGCCCCGACCGCCGAGCACCGCGCCAUGGACGUCCUCAUCGACGCAUUGGUGAAUAUCCGUCGCGAGCUGAACUUCUUCGAGGAGGUUGCGCUUGAGUAUGGACUUGAUUUAACUGCUAUGCCAUCCGAAGGGACGGAGAAGAAAGUGGAAUGCCGCUGUGACGGUGGGAGCGGGAGUGAAGGGUGUGAGCGUGAGGAAAAGUGGAGGGAGAGUGCGAAGGAAAGGGGGUGUACGACUUUUUUCGGACCGAAUAUGGUUACGAAGGGCUAUAUAGAUAUGUUCAUGAGUGCGGGUAGUUCUGGGGUUACGCUUCUCGAGGGCAUGGUGGUGCUUUGGGCGAGCGAGGUUUGUUAUUUAAGGGCUUGGAAGUAUGCGAAGUCUGUUUCCGGGGAUGGGAUUGGGGCCGCUUCGGGGUCGGGGGAUUUUUCGAAUGAUGCUGAUGGUGGUGCUCUAAGAGCAAAGUUCAUUCCUAACUGGACCAAUGCUGAGUUUGAGGAGUUUGUUGAUCGCAUUGGGGAUGUUGUGAAUGAGUUGGCUGGGCGGGUUAAGGGUGCUGAGGAGGGGGAAUAUGUACGGGGAAAGUGUAUGGAGUGGUGGAGGCAGGUUUUGCGGUUAGAGCAAGAGUUCUGGCCUUGUGUCAAAGCUGGUGAGAGGUAA